CAUACGCUUCGCAAUCCUCAGACGGAAUCAAGAAGCAGCAGGACUGGAAGAGUAGACAAGCAGAGCUCAAAAAUUGAUCAUUUUCCAGACAGGGAGUGCAAGUUAAUUUGCAGGUCAUUCGCACAGAGAGCACUUGUUACAGGAGGGUAAUAUACAUGGCGGGUCUUGCUGUGCGGUCGCUGGCCGGCGGCAGCCUCGUGCUGCCGGCCGCGUCGAGGUCGCGCCGCCGGAGCGUGCUGCUCUGCGCCCGUGCGAGCCUUCGCGGCGUCGUCAGCAGUAGUACCACUACCACCAGCACGUCGGACCGGCGUCAGCUGGCCGUCAGCAUCGACGAGCUCAGGCUGGGCCGGGACGACCCCGUCGUGACGAUCCACACGGCGCCAGCUGCUCCGGAGGAAGACGGCGGCAAAGCUGUCGAGAAGCUCCGGGCGAUCGCGGAGGCGGCGGCGGACCGGGCGGAGAUGCACGACAUCAUCGGCAGGCAGCGGGACAACUGGAACCACCUGCUGCUCCACUCCACCAACUCCCUCACGCUCGCCGCCUCCGCCAUGGCCGCCCUCGCGCCCGCCGCCCCGAACAUGGUCGCGCUCAAGGCAUCCGCGGGGGUCCUCCUGGCCACGGCCGCCGUCACCAUGGCGGCCGUCAACAAGAUCCAGCCCUCGCAGCUCGCCGAGGAGCAGCGCAACGCCACCAGGCUCUGGAGGGAGCUCGAGCGCGGGGUCCGCGCCCAGCUCGCGCACACGGUGACCACAGAGGCUGAUGUCGAGGACGCCAUGGAACGGGUGCUCGCGCUCGACGCCGCGUAUCCGCUGCCGCUGCUCCCCGUCAUGCUCGAGAAGUUCCCCAAGACCGUCGAGCCGGCCCGCUGGUGGCCCAAGAAGAAGCCCGCCGUGCAGAAGUCCUCCAGGAGCUUCGGCCCGGCCCGCCGCGGCAGUUCAUCCGGCAACGGCUGGACGCAGGAGCUCGAGGAAGAGAUGCGAGGCAUCGUGCGGGUGAUCAAGGCCAAGGACGAGCAGGAGUUCCUGUCGGUGGGCAAGCUGGUGCUGGGCCUCAACAAGGGCCUGGCCCUUGCCGGCCCGGCUCUGGCCGGCACCGCGGCGCUCGCGACCAUCUUCAUCGGCACCGGCGCGGACUCUGGGCCAACAUCGUGGGCGUCGGGCGCGGCCGUGGUCGGCGGCGCGCUGGCGGCGGCGGUGAACACGAUGGAGCACGGCGGGCAGCUGGGCAUGGUGUUCGAGCUGCUCCGCAACUGCGCCGGGUUCUACCGCAAGAUCCAGGAGGACAUCGAGGCGGCCCUGGCCGAGCCCGACGUGGAGCGGAGGGAGAGCGGCGAGGUGUUCGCGACCAAGAUUGCGCUCAAGCUCGGCCGGAGCGUGUCCGACCUCAAGCAGUUCGGGAAGAUGGCAUCAGCGUCCGUCAGGGACGAGGACAUCAAAUAUUUUGCUGGGAAACUUUUCUAGAUGACUAAAAGGGGAUCUAGUCGUGUAGUGUUGACUACCGUACAUGCAACUAAUGAACAAAGGAAAUACUAACAUAUAUAGGAUGCCGUUUUAAUUGGUUCUAAACAAUUCCUUCUCUUAGCCGGCUUAGAUUUUUUUUUUCAUUUUUCGGUCCACAGUACUGAUGCUCGCUGAUUCUUCAAUCUUCAUCUACUCUUAAAUUAAAACGAGGUAGUUUCACAUUUUAGAAAUCCACAUGAAACUUCAGAUCUAGAAAAGUUGCAUGAUUUAGAUCUAUGAUGACACUUUUUUGUGUAAGUCUGCGUAGUCUUCCGGAAAUGCAAAUUGGUUAAUUUAGACA